CUGCACUCGGCCUCCCAAAUUACUCUCAAGACUUUCACUUAUACGUGCAUGAAAGUGGGGGUACAGCCGCCGCAAUCCUGGCCCAGGAACAUGGGGGUACUUUUCGUCCCAUAGCUUAUUUGUCUAAAACUCUUGAUUCAGUAGCCAGGGGACUUCCUGCUUGUUUGCGUGCAGUGGCUGCCACGGCGAUCAUGGUGCAAGAUGCUGAAAAAAUUGUGUUAUCACAUAAAUUGAUAGUGCAUACCUCUCAUCAGGUAGGAGUCAUUAUGAGUAAUAUUUCUACUCAACAUAUGACUGCUCAACGCCGCUCUGGCUAUGAAGCUAUAUUAUUAGCUACUGCUAAUUUGAUUUUGAAGCCAACUUCUGUUAUUCAUGGCCCUACUGUACAUUUGCACAGGUUGCUGACGCAAGGUGAAUUUGAGAGUGAUGACCAUGAGUGCCUGGACAGAAUCCAGAUUUCGACUGCCUGCAGGCCAGAUGUUUCUACAUCUGUCCUGGAGGAGGGGAAGAAUUGAAAAACCCACUCAUCCUUUCGUUCCAGGACAACAGGUGCUGAUAAAGUGUCUGAAGCCCACAAAACUGGGUGAGCCGAAAUAUCUGGGGCCCGCCACGGUGAUUGCUGUGACGAGAACAGGAGUGCUGACUGACUUCCAGCCGCAGUGGAUCCAUGCCAGUCGACUGAAAGCAGCUCCAUCCCAGGGGAACGUUCUGGUCAAUGAGGAGAAGGAAGCCAGUGAGCCAAGGAAAGAUCCGAAGGAAGGUGAACCAAGACGUUCAACGAGGAGAAGAAGAAAGAGAUUGCUAGAGAUCUAAAACCAGCAAUAAUUAUCAUUGAAGCUCUCUAGCCAUGAUUGCUAAAUUGACAUUUUACCUGGUUGUGCUGACAAAUGUGUUUAUUCACAUACAAGCUGCUGUUAGCACUGGUAAUGAAACUUGGGUACAUUAUGAAGAAGAACCACAUGCCUUCGCAGCUAACAUGUGGUGGAGAUUAGCCAACUACACUGCCAAAUCUGAAGGAAAAACAGGUGACUGUUAUGUUUGCACCAAAAUGCCACAUAGUGCUUCUGGACCACAUGUAGAGGUUAAAUCACCAAGAACAGAAGAAGAAUUAGAAUGCCCUAUUUUUGUUAGCAUUACUGGAAUGAUGGCUCCAAAUAAAAGUGCAAUAUGGAGUUGUGGAAAAAGUAGAAUAAUGAUGCUUGCAACGCAAGUACAUGCUAAAGUGACAACCAUUGGCUCUAUUCCAGACUCACUGUUAUGUAUGGAAAGAGAAACUGGAACAGUGAGACUGGGGGUAAUUCCUAAAAGUAAAUGUAAUCGAACAUACCAUCAUUGUGAGAUAGAAAAUAUGUCUUGUUGUAUGAGUUGCAUUUUGCAUUAUCCAAAAGCUAAUAUGACUGAGUGUUCUAAAAGAACACCACAUCCUAUAUCUACUAUGAUUGCUUAUGGAUGGGCUAAUCCUUUUAUUCAAGAUGUGUGUUCUAAAUAUUGUGCACUUGUGCCAGGUCAAAAUUGCUACAGAUAUGCUCCUGCUUCACGGGGAACUAGAGCUGUCAAAGAUUGGUUUUGGCUGUGUGGACAUAAAGUCUACACUACUCUUCCAGAAGAUUGGAGUGGAAGAUGUGCUCUAGUAACUUUGGAAGAAUAUUCCAUGGUUAUUAGACCACACAAACCUCACGUUAUGACAAAACAAAAACAGAAAAAGAAACGCUCCCUCUCUAGCCGCGGUUCAACUAGUAGUUUGAGUAGAGAUAAUCCAGUACCAAAGCAACAUCGACUCUGGACUGGUACUGAAAGAUUCUUUGAAGCAGUGUUUCCAGGAAUAGGUGUCUCUAGUCUUCAAAUUGAAGUUGAGGUUACAAGAUAUGAGCUAAUUUCAUUUAUCAAUACUACAAGAGACACAUUGGCUGGUGUUCAACAGGAACUCCGAGGGCUCCGUUUAACUGCCCUGCAAAACAGGCUAGUUUUAGAUCAAUUAACCGCGGCAGGAGGAGGAGUUUGUGUUAUUGUUGGUACCUCUUGUUGUACUUAUAUCCCUGAGAAUGAUGCAGAUGGUCAUUUAAUUUCAGAGGGUUUAAAAAAUAUGACUAGAAUUGCUCAAGAAUUACAAGAACGAGAAGUUACUGAUAAUCAAAGUAGGUUCUUAGCAUGGCUCACAGGAUGGCAACAAAUGCUUGUAUCUGCUUUGAUUCCUAUAGGUGUGAUCCUAUUAAUUAUGGCAUUUAUUAUCUGUUGUAUUAUUCCAUUUAUUAGAGCUUUGAUUAAUCGUGCUAUGAAUACUUUUGUAUCCUCUCAAUAUGCUUUGAUGAAUAGACCUGUUAAAUGUUAAUAAUUUUGAAGGAAAAUGAAGGAAAUGUUUGCUGAAGAAUGUUAUGAUUUUGAAAGUAAAGAAAGUGAUUAUAUUUGGAUAUGAGAAAAGUAAUGCUGAGACUUGGGUGUGGCAAUUUUAUUGCCAAAAGGGGCAAUUGAUAGAUUUUAUGUUGGUCUCAGCAUUGAAAGUAUGUGGACUGAGGCUCCUUUUUUUUUUUUCCUCUGUCAAAGUUGUAUACUAUGUCUUAACAUAUGGUUCUCUUUCUCAUUGGCUGAAACUAUACUACACCCCUUGUACUCUUUCUAUAUAUUCUCUCUUUUCUUAUCAAUAAAAUGAGACUAUAUUCUCCCUCA